UUUACAUCUCUAGAGUAAUUUCCCUCCAGCAAUUCCACAUUGUUCUGCCUCCGUAAAUUGAAAUUGUUAUAAGCAAUCCGUUUACAAUAACUGCAUAACGUGUUACAUUAUUAAUUGUUCAUAGUGGGCCACAAGCACUGACCUCAGGAUGGAAGAAUUAAAAAAUGCGGCUUAUUUUACUGAAUAUGAAGAUCUCGAGGUGCACGAAAUUAUGCUGAGAGACAGACCUCGUCAGGAGGCGUACAAAAACGCCAUAAUGAACAAUACAUCCUUAUUUAGGGACAAAGUAGUUAUGGACGUUGGUGCUGGAACAGGUAUAUUGUCUGUAUUCUGCGCAAAAGCUGGUGCAAAAUUGGUUUACGCCGUGGAAGCCUCGAAUUUGGCCAAGGUCGCAUUAUCGGUUAUUGAGGAGAACAAUCUGACAUCCAUUGUUAAGGUUAUUCAUGGUAAAGUGGAAGAUUUUGUGUUGCCUCCAACAGCGGAAAAAGUGGAUAUAAUUGUUUCAGAAUGGAUGGGAUUUUACCUAUUACAUGAAGGCAUGCUGGAUUCUGUAAUAUUCGCACGGGAUAACUUUUUAAAACCGCAUGGCCAUAUGUUCCCUUCUGAAGCAACAAUAUAUGUAGCACCAUGCUCUGUCCCUUCCCGUUUUGAUGACUGGAAUAAUGUUGACGACGUUCGCAUGAACUCGUUUGGGGAAAUGUUGAGACGACAAAAAUCUAGUAAACCAGAAAUAAUAAAUAUGCCACCCCAGAACCUACUACACAAUGGGGUUGCAAUGUUUUGGAUGAACCUAAACGAAAUCCGAAGCGAAGAGUUGGAGUAUAUAACAUUCCAAGAAGUUAUCCCUAUACAACAUCAAGGAAAACAUCAAGGGUUUUGCAUAUGGUUUGACUGUAGAUUCCCGGGAGAAAGCUAUGAAAAUGCAAUAGUUUUGUCUACUGGACCUGCUGCACCAGGGACACAUUGGAAGCAAUGCGUAGUAGUUCUUCCCGAUACUGUAUGCGAAGAAUUAGAAGAAAAUUCACCCAUCGCUUUCAAGAUAUCUAUGAUUCGUCGAAAUGAUGAUAAACGCAAAUAUAAUUUAGAAGUAGAGCUAAUUGAUUCAAAUGAAAUAGAACAUCCAGUGCCUUGCGACUGUCACUUAACAAAGUGUAUAUUAGUAAAAACUCAUCUUCAAAAUAUGGAUAUUUCUUAAACAAGUAUAGUUUGUAAUAAAAAAUGUUGUUAAUCAGGUCUCAGCUAUCGAAGAGGUAAGGGUUAAUGGUACUAAAUCAAGAAUCUAAUUCAUGAAUGUUAUCUGGACACCAAGAGGACUGGGAGCAAUAAAGAGCUAGCUUCAGACGGUUGGGUCUUAGGGUCCCCUUUUCAUCACAAACCCCUCACUGUACAUCAAAAAUAUUAAUGGAAGAAAUAAUUUACUAGACAUCAUUAUUGCUUUGCCUUAAAAGGGAAAGCGACAAAAAUGUUGAAAGACAAUAAUAAAAUAUCUAUCGUUGAUUUCAGUUUAAAAAAAUAA